GGAAAGGACAGUAUCUUUUGUUCCAGUUCAUGAUGGAUUGGCUUCAGCUGUUCUUCCUCCAUCCUGUAUCACUUUAUCAAGGGGCUGCUUUUCCUUUUGCGCUUCUCUUUAAUUAUCUCUGCAUUAUGGAUUCAUUUUCCACUCAUGCCAGGUACCUGUUCCUCCUGGUGGUAGGAGGAGCCCUGGCAGUAGCCGCCAUGGGUUCCUUCGCUGUGCUGGUCUUCAUCCCCGCUCUGUGCACCGUGGUCCUGAUCUACUCGCUGGGCCCCCAGGACGUCCACAGGCUGACUUUCCUCUUUCAGAUGAGCUGGCAGACGCUGUGCCACCUGGGUCUGCACUAUACGGAGUAUUAUCUGCAAGAAGCUCCUUCCACGAGGUUCUGCGUCACUCUUUCUUCCCUCAUGCUCUUGACCCAGAGGGUCACAUCCCUGUCUCUGGACAUUCGUGAGGGGAAAGUGGCAGCAGCAGCAGCAGGAGGAGGCAUCAGGAACAGGAACUCUUUGUCUGAGCGUCUGUGGGGAGCUCUGCCCUAUUUCAGCUACUUGCUCUUUUUCCCUGCUCUCCUAGGAGGCCCCCUGUGUUCCUUCCAGAGAUUUCAGGCUCGUGUUCAAGGGCCCAGCAGUUUGUAUCCCAGGCACUCUUUCUGGGCUCUGACCCGGAGGGGUCUGCAGAUUCUGGGACUAGAGUGUCUGAAGGUCGUGGUGAGGCGGGCGGUGAGCGCAGGGGCAGGACUGACAGACUGCCAGCAACUGCAGUGCGUCUAUGUCACGUGGUCCACUGCCGGGCUCCUCAAACUCACCUACUACUCCCACUGGCUCCUGGAUGACUCCCUCCUCUACGCAGCGGGCUUUGGAUCUGAGUUUGGUCAGAGCCCCGGUGAGGAGGGAUACAUCCCUGAUGCGGACAUUUGGACGCUGGAAACAACCCACAGGAUAGCUCUGUUCACCAGAAAGUGGAACCAGAGCACAGCUCGGUGGCUCCGACGCCUCGUUUUCCAGCAGGGCAGGACCUGGCCCUUGUUGCAGACGUUCGUCUUCUCGGCUUGGUGGCACGGACUCCACCCGGGACAGGUGUUUGGUUUCCUCUGCUGGGCUGUGAUGGUGGAAGCCGACUACCUGAUUCACACCUUUGCCAAUGUGUUCAUCAGAUCCGGGCCGAUGCGGGUGCUCUACAGAACUCUCACCUGGGCCCACACCCAGCUCAUCCUUGCCUACAUAAUGCUGGCCGUGGAGGUCCGGAGCCUCUCCUCUCUCUGGCUGCUGUGGAAUUCUUACAACAGCGUCUUUCCCACGGUGUAUUGUAUUUUGCUUUUUGUUUUAGCGAAGAGAAAGCAUAAAUUUAACUGA